AUGGUCCGAAUCAAUCUUUGUAACUGGGGAAGGACGCCUAGUGCCUCGAAUUCGACACUACCCCUGAGAACCCGAGAGAAGGAGGAGCUCCCAAGAUCACAAUCGAUGCUUCAGAUCCACCCUCUUGAGACCGAAGAUGGUGUAUUAAUCAAGAUUGACCCACCCAAAGAACCCGAGCUUGAAGACUUACGAGAACGAAACCAUGUGCCUCUUGAUUUGGUCCUCUCGAUCGAUGUGUCAGGCAGCAUGGGUGCAGAUGCACCUGUUCCAGCAAAGAACGGCACAGAAGGAGAGCAUUAUGGCUUGUCGGUGCUGGAUCUUGUGAGGCACGCAGCCAAGACUAUCUUGGAGACAUUGGACGAUCAUGACAGGUUGGGGAUUGUGACGUUCAGCACCAGCAGCAAGGUGGUUCGAGAACUCACAUACAUGACACCAGCCAACAAGGCCAAGAUCCUCAAGCAGCUUGAUGCGUUACAGCCGUUAUCCAUGACCAAUCUUUGGCAUGGUAUCCGUGAUGGCCUCAGUUUGUUCAAUAACAAUCUCAAGGCAGUCAAUGACCGUCGCAACCCUGGCAGUGGCCGAGUACCGGCCUUGUUAGUUCUCACAGAUGGCAUGCCGAAUCACCAGUGCCCAAAUCAGGGAUAUGUCGCCAAACUCAGGCAGUGGAGUACCCUUCCUGCCUCCAUUCACACUUUUGGAUUUGGGUAUAGCUUGCGAUCUGGUCUGCUCAAGUCGAUUGCCGAGGUCGGCGGUGGCAACUACUCCUUCAUUCCAGAUGCCGGCAUGAUUACAACAGGCGAUGCCGUGGAGAAACAACAACCAUUUUCACCAUCUGGGGACGACUCUCCCAAUAAAACUCUCUACAUCUCCCUCGGCAACCUCCAAUACGGCCAAUCCCGAGAAAUCUACCUCAGCUACAACUGCACCUCAGAGUACAUCAAGUCCGUCAAGAACAGAAAAAGCUCUACCCCGCUCCCAACCAUCACAGCAGUCCUCAAAUUUCACGAAGACACCCACUCCUUCAACCCCAACCAACCCACCCGUCUCACCACCAAACGCAACAUCACCGACCACUCCGUCUCCCUCCCCCCUGCCGAAAUAGCCUACCACAUCUCCCGCUCCUCCCUCAUCUCCUUCAUCUCCAAGUUCUUCCCCCUCGACUUCGAAAACGAGCACCAACCCCUCUCCGACCUCCCCGACGGGAUGCCGUCCCAACUCACCGCCCUCGUCAACUCCCUCCCCGCCGUGAAAUACACCACCACCCACCCAGGCUGCAAAUCCCUCCUCAUCGACCUCUGCGGCCUCAACAUCGACCCCUUAACCACCCCCCCCUCAUCCUGGACCGGUCAGAUCGCCCUCGCCCUGACAAACACGCAAUAUUACUUCCGCUGGGGAAAACACUACCUCCCCUCCCUAGCCGGCGCCCACGCCCGCCAAAUCUGUCAACACCUUCAAAGACGCCGGCCCAAAACAAUACGGAGCCCACUCCCCUUUAUUCAUCACCUGCAGAGACAAACUAGACGACGCGUUCGACCACCUCUCCCCCCCCAAAGCCGAGCAAUGCCCUGCCACCAGUCUACGCCCGGUACACCCCCGCCUCCGAUUCCCCGCCGGCGUACGACACCCAGGAUUAUAGAGACGAAGGCUGGAAGUGGGGCAGCGGUGGUGGCAACAGUGGUGAUGUAUACAACACCGCCAACCGUCAAGAUUGGUUCUUUGCGAAGGGGGGCAAGGGUGUUGACUCCGAGGGGGGGGAGAAAGGUUGCUGCGGUGAUGAAAACCCCCGUGAGAAGAAUGGGGAUGACAGUUGUUCAGGGGGGACGGCAAAGGUUUUUGGUUACGGGGUGGCAUCCUGUUAGGGUUGGGGAAAAGUGGGUGUACCCGCAGGAGAUGAAGGCGGGGGGGAGGGUGAGGUAUACGAGGGUUGAUUUACUCUGUUUUGCUUGA